CGGCAGGAAAAACAUCGAACUACUAGGAAAUCGGUAACAAUCGGAAAAAUUAACGUCUGGCACUGACAACACAGAAAAACUAAAUGCAAUGACGGACUUCUGCUUUGAUAUUAAGCCUCUGUUCCCAGAGGCGAUUAUAAAAGUGUCGUCGGACCUGCUGCCGCAGAACUUUUCCGGCAAGCGUUUUAUGUGCGCGGACGUUACUUUGAAGAUGGCGGAGAUAAUCGACCGUAUGGGCCAGCUGUCGGCCACAGCCCAGGACCUCAUCAACCCGGUGACGACGGCCCAGCGCCUGGAGAAGAGCGACAACCAAACCGUGUAUCUGAUGGCGGAUGGAAAGGAAGGAGCCAACGGAGUGGUCGUCGGGCUGCUGAAGGUCGGCACCAAGGAUCUCUAUUUGUACGACGAGACCGGCCAGGUGCACAAGGUGCAGCGGGCUCCGGCCGUCCUGGACUUUUAUGUGCACGAGUCCCGCCAGCGCUGUGGCCUGGGCAAGGAGCUCUUCGAGGCCAUGCUGGCGGAGGAGAAGUGGACCCCGUCGAAGCUAUCGGUUGACCGUCCGUCCCAGAAGCUGAUACUAUUCAUGGCCCGCCACUACGGCCUGGUGCGCACCAUUCCGCAGGCCAAUCACUUCGUCCUCUACGAGGGAUACUUUCAUGGUGUGUCACCCUCGAUGCCCCUCCUGCAGGCCACCAAGAGCGUCCCAGCCAUUCUGGCCGCCGGCUCUGAGAGUCAGCACACCAGUGCCAUGACGUUCCAUGUCGGGGAGGCUAACUACAGGAAACGCCGCCUCCAGGACCCGCAGCAGCAGAGCUGCUCAACCACGGACCUACUGUCGUCCCGCUGCAACAGCGACUGCAGCAUGGCCGAGAUUAUUCAGGGCUCUCGGGCCAGAGGCACCAAUGCCAGCCACGCUGCCGACGGACAGAUAAGCGGCACGAACGUACGCCACACAUAAAUCGCACACACCACAGUCCGCAUGGAUAUGUGCGACACACCAGAAGACGGCAGACAGCAGGCAGCAGGCAGCAGACGGCAGACAGCGCCUAAACAACUGAGCAUUAGCGUUUAUCAUUAGUUAUUACAUUAUUAAAUAUGUGUGCAUUUUGGUA